AUGAUUCGUCCCUAUUUAUAUUACGCAUUCAAAAUUAAGGAUGGAUUAUUUAUUGGCAAUAAACGAGCUGCAAAUGACAUCUAAUUUCAAUUUUAUAAUAAAAUUACAGUGAUAAUUAAUUGCGCUGCAUUAGAAAUAAACAUUAGUAAUCCGAAAGUUAAGAUUUUGAAUUUUGAAUGGUUAGAUACUGAGGAAUAGUAAAUAGUAGUUAAUAAUAAUGUCGAUAUGGUUUAUAAUACAAUUGAGGAAACUAAUGAUAAUGGAGAAUCAGUCUUAAUUUGCUGCUUAACUGGGUAGAGUAGAUCUGUGGCUAUUGUAGCUGCUUAUUUUAUGAAAAAAUUUAACUGGAAUUUAAAAACAUCAUUAUAAUAUUUAUAAAUCUGUAGAAAGGAUUUCGAAAUUCGUGAAGGGUUUCUUUUCUAAUUAAGUCGUUAUGAAAGAGAGUUAUUAAUCAAAUUAAAAACAGAUUUAACAGAAUAAAAUGAAUAAGUUUAAGAAUAGGAAAUUCUCUUAAAGAACACCUAUUACAAUGCUAAAUUAUCUGAGAUUUGGUCGAACUAUAAUAUGUCAGAAAAGACAAGUGGUUUUUCAAAAGGUAAACACAAGAAACAUUUAAAAAGAGUUUCUUGGGCUUAAAAGCUGAUAACAUUUAUUAAUACUACUUUAGAUUGUGUAAAAUUAAAUCUGUUUCUCAAUUAAAAAAAUGAAUCUGUCAUACAAAAAUAAUCUUUAUUCAAAAUAUGCAAAGGAAACACAGAAAAAAAAUCAAGUCGAUAUAUGAUGACCUUAAGAAAUAAAACACCUGAUCCUAUUACAAAUAUGUCGAUUUCAACUGAAAGCAAAUAUAGAUGUACUUCUGUGGUCAAGUAAAUUGAAUCUGAUGCAAAGCAAUUUUAAUCAAAUCGAAAAAGCCUUACAAAAGGAGAGAAGUAUGAUGCAAUUUAGAAUGAAAUGACAAAUAAAAUUAUUAUGAUAUAUUUUUUGUUAUUAAUUGUAGUGACAUAUUAAUAAAAAUGUCAAUGGGUGGAUGAAGAUAAUCACAAAUAUGACUAUACUAAUUUAGAUCAUCCUUCAGCAUGGCAUGUUGUUGACACUCAAAAUGGUAUUCAUAUAAAAUCACAAGUAGGAAUGGGAAUGUUUAAUAUGGUUUACAUUUUCAAUUUCUGUAAUAUAAAUCUAAGUUGUCAUGGAGUACCAGUUGCAGUAUAUGAAGGUUUAGAAGUUAUGGGAACUAUCACAGACAAUUGUGAUAUUGUAGGGUUGAAGUCAACCACUUCAAUUUCUCAUAUAUAAGAUAAGCCUAAAGAUUAUGGAAUUUCCAUCUCUUUCAAUGAUAAUUCUUAAUGCGUAGAAACUGCUAAUCAAAAUAGAGCGGUAUAAACAGAUAAGCCAAGGACAGCAAUUUUUAAUAUUGUUUGUAGUGAAAAGGCAGAAAAAUAAUUUAGAAUUGUUUAAGGGUAUGGGUGCACAGUAACUUUAGAAAUUUAUCAUCCAGCAGGAUGUCCACUAAAUGGAAAUAUUUUUAGUUACAUUUCAUUUGCACUUAAGUGCUUUAUUAUCGCUACAAUACUAUUUAACAUUGUAGGUUUUAUAUAUAAUAAGAAAAUAAGGAAAAUUACAGGUAAAUAAGCAAUUCCAAAUAUCAAAUAACUUGAGGAAAUAAAAAAAUUAGUGAUUUAUGCUCUAUAAAAUUGUGAAAGAUUAGUUAGAAGGGGUGGUAAGAAUGGAUACUAAAUUGUGUGA